CAAGUGAUCACCUGACCAACGCGGAAGUAAAGAUCCCGAGGAUGCAAAGUGGCUCUUUGAAAUGGUUCCUAGGAUCCGAGCGGUGUUUCAGAGGGUUCUGAAAGACGUUUUAGUAAAAUGGUGCGGUGCUUCCUCAUCCACACCGUGUGCCCAGUCGGCGCUUUGACCGCCGGGGAAAGUCGGGUGCUUUACUCCCGGCUCUUCGGUCCAGACGAGGCGGUUCUGUCCAAACAACAACGCGAGUUCACCCCGGAGGAGAGGAGACUCCUGCAGAAGGAGAAGGUUUCUGUGGUGGCCAGGCGGGUCCGAAGUGCCGUCUCCCUGUCGCGGGAGGCUAGUGGUCGGCAGCUGGUGGACGCGGUGCCGGGCGACGAGGCUUUGGUCCUGCAGGACGCAGACAGCGGGGUGGUGCGUCUGAGAGCGGGCGAACCUUUCUCUGAGGAAAUGAGCGUUCUGUGGCUGGGGGUCCAGAGCCUGGGCUUCACGCUGGUCUGUGAGCCUCACGACAACCUGCUGCUGGCCGAGGGCGUCUUAAGAAACCUGACCAGGCACUGUCUGGACAACCUGCACAUGCUGGGGCAAGGCAGCGAGGUCCUGCUGAAGAGCAGCCGGAUCGACGUACUGCUCAGCCGCCUGCUUCCUCACGGCCAGCUCCUCUUCCUCAACCAUCGCUUCACUCAGAGUCUGGAGAAGGAGGCGGCGUCUUCCAUGGCCAAAUGAGGCCAACAGCUGCAUCACCUCCACCUGCCAGCUGGAGCUCGAUAACCGAUAACCAAGACUUAGCACCAGAGUUUACUUUUGGUAACGUGUGUGUGUGUGUGUGUGUGUGUGUGUGUGUUUGAGAAGCGGGCCAGCUGUCUCUCUGCUGCUGUUAGAGAGUGGUAGACGUGUAAACACAGGUUGAGGAUCAUCUCCCUCCGUCACCUUCACUGGCCACUUCACUGUGUGGGAGGCUUCGCUUUCUAUCCUGUUUGUCAAAUUCAAGAGCGGAAAAGUUAAAAAAAUAAAAAAUAAAUAAAAAUGGUGGUAUCUUAAGUGCAGCUGAGUGAAGACUGGAUUCACCAAACUCAAUGUGUCAUGAUGUGGCCAGUAGGGGGAGCUGGUUUCCUGCUUCCUGCUGAGGGAGAAGAAGAAAGUUGACCAGUUGGUGUGUUUGAGUCGUGUGAUGAUAAUAAGUAAAAAUAUUGCGCAUGCUGUACUAUAAUCAGUACAGAACAGAAAAUGUGCUGCUUGAGUUUUUGUUGAACUGACACUGUAGGUCUGAAAAAUCCAACUUUAMUAAUGAGACAUUCUUUCUAUGCCAACAUCAUUUCAAAAGUGUAAAUGGUCUCGUUUUCUUGUAUCUAAAAUAAAAUCUUUGUCUUGUAUUUACUGUGAA